AUGUCCAAGAGGAGUCUUUCGUUAGACCGCCAAGAUCAGAGCACCAAAAGGCGAGUGAUUGAGGCGCCACAAAUCCUACUCAUCAAGCCUUACGGCAGCAUGGCCACGGAAUCAGGGCCCGGUGUACAGCUUGAGCUUACAGAGGUUGAGUCCAAGCUGCGGCGGCUCCUUCUAGAUGUGGCCGCAUACAUCGAUGAUGCGCCCGCCAAAGAAGACAUGACUGGAGUAGAGGUACCUGAGGAGCUCGCAAGACAGAAAACUACGCUGCGCUGGACAGGAGGAUGGGUCCGGGAUAAGCUGCUCAAGGUCGGAAGCCAAGACAUUGAUCUCGCCAUCAACAACAUGACUGGCGAGCACUUUGGCCUGAAGAUGCAGGAGUACCUCGAGAUCCCCGGCCACGCGGAGAAGCACGACCUGCUUGGAAAAGACGAUCAAUCGAAAGCACAUGAAAAGAGUAAGAAUAUAGCCCCCGGUCUCCACAAGAUUGAGGCCAAUCCCGAAAAGUCGAAGAAUCUCGAGACUGCCACCACCAAGAUCAUGGGCAUCGACCUGGACCUUGUCAAUUUGAGGAAAGAGACGUACAAUGAAGUCUCCCGUAACCCUCAGAUGGAAUUUGGCACAGCAGAAGAAGACGCUAUGCGCCGGGACGCGACUAUCAAUGCCAUGUUCUACAAUCUGCACACAUGUGAAGUUGAGGACUUCACACAGCAAGGGUUCAACGACAUGGCAGCAAAACUCAUUCGCACACCUCUGGAACCUACCCAAACAUUCAAAGACGACCCAUUACGUGUUUUGCGGUUGAUUCGCUUCGCCAGCCGCCUGGACUAUGUGAUCGAAGCGGAGACGGCAAAGGCCAUGGGCGACCCAGAGAUUCAAGAUGUGCUGAAGAUCAAAAUUAGCAGGGAACGAGUUGGCAUUGAACUAGAGAAGAUGCUCCGGGGUCCUCGGCCACGCAUGGCUCUGGAACUCAUUGAUCGCUUUGGGCUAUACAAGACCGUCUUUACCGAUCCGACCAGAGUGCUCCCCUCUGAUCCCGAGACUGAGCUCUUCAAGUCGUCCUACAACUUUGUGGAUUCGGUGCCAUUCUUUGCAGCCUAUCUUGUAGCGCGAGAGGGGUUCAAGGCGCCAAACAAAGUCUGCGACGUUGUGGCUGCGUCCUUGGGGCAUGGCGAGGAAGUCCGGGCUAUGGUCGCGCAAUGCGCAAAAGGACUUCGUCGACCUGACACGAUCAACCCCGCAGACAACCCUACAGGCCGAGAUAUACUCGGUAUGGCCUUGCGUCGUUGGGGCUCAACAUGGCGGACACAGGUCUUCUUCAAUCUUGUGUAUGAGGUCGUGCAAGGACAAAGCUCCAAAGAAGAUAUUCUAGGCUCUUAUGCUGCUUUCCUCAACCAGCUUGCUAAGCACGACAUACUUGAUGUGGAUACUUUCAAGCCGCUCUUAAAGGGCACAGAUCUUGCAAAGGCUCUCGGUACCAAGCCCGGCCCUUGGAUGAAAGAUGCCCUUGACGUGGUGAUGGCAUGGCAACUCCGCAAUCCCGAUUCAAUAGAUGCGGAUGCAGCCAUCGAGGCGGUGCGAGCGUCACGAGAAAAGCAGACUGACAGUGAGCUUCCCUUCCGCCUCGCCUCGCACUUCCUUGAACUUACCAUUCCACCCUUCUUCCCGCAGAAUAAAACCAAUCUGAACACACUCGAAAGGUCGCGUCAGCCAGCGCCUUGGAAGGACCCGGGUAGCCAGUACGUUCUAGAUCUACUGCGAUGGUCGAUUGGUGCGAUGAGCCGGAAAGAGAAGGAGGCAAGGUGGCAUUUGCUGGUCCCUCCUAUCUUGAAGAUGAUUGACGAUAUGGACACAACAUGGAAAGCCAGAGGAUGCCACCUACUUGGCGGAUUACUGGAGAGCCUACAACAGACAGCCAAAUUCUGCGGAUUUCCUCGAGCGACAGCGGGGUACCACAAUGUCUUUGCCGAGGCGCUGCUACCGUUCUUUACAUACAUACCUUCCCUGACACCGGAACCCGAGGCUGUUCAACUCUUCAAUGAGCUUUUCCCCACACUCACAGCACUUGCGCUGCUUCUUCCCGUGGAAAGUGGCAAAGGGAGCACAAGAACUGGUCUUCUCGAUAAGGUUGUACGUGAGGGCAUACUCGCACCACUAGGUCACUUUCCCAAACCUUGGGCGCACCCGGAACUUGCUGCAGUCAUCACGCGACAUGUGCCACUUGUUUUGAGGCACUUGGGCAUAGAAUCGGUUAAGCACUUGCGUACGCUUAUCCCAUUGUUGUCGACGUUGCUUCAGGAGCCAUUCAUUGUCAGCCACAAAGAGUUGACGCUAGCCACAUUGAAGGCCCUUCAAGCAGUGAUGCAGAACGCAUGGCCUAGGAUACCUGGGCAUCGUGGAGCAGUCAUGGUGGGAUUGUGCUUGUGCUGGAGAAGGUGCAUGGAAGAAGCAUCCAACCUCAGACAUGUUGAUGAGGUCAAGGCGGAGAUGCAGGAGACGGUCGCGAUGCUCGAUACAGUGAUGCAAGCUGUGAAGGAUGACUCUACAAGGGUCACGUGGGAGGAAGAAAAGAGAGAGCUCCUCAGAACAAGUGCUAGCUACCAGGGCCUCUUCAGUCUUGGAGACAUGUAA